UGUGCGCCGCCAUGACACUGCUCCAGCAUGCUGUUCGCCAUGCGGGUCUCCACUGUCUCCAGUUGAUGCUUUUUCUUGACGAGUCAAGGAGGAUUGAUUUAAACAACCACAUGAUAAAACAUGACUGACAGUGAUGAUGAAGUCCCCCAAUUGAGUGCUGCUACCCUUGCAGCCCUUCAAGAGUAUUACACAGAAUGUCAAGAAAGAGACGACCAAAUACACCAGAUAAUGAAUGAUGAUCACAUAAACCUGAGACAAGACGAAACUGACAAUGUUAUCUUCGGCGAGGAUUGGCAACUGAGUCAAUUUUGGUACGACGAUGAGACUGUUGAUGCUUUAGUAAAGGGGGCCAUAGAAGCCACAGAGGUUGAUGGAAAAAUAGGGCUUAUAUCGUGCCCGACAUUAUAUAAAUCAUUAAAGAGACAGGCUGGAGAUAGAACGGUCACAUUAUUCGAAUACGAUACGAGAUUCUCAAUAUUUGGAAAAGAUUUUGUUCGAUACGACUACAAAUCACCGUUGAAUCUCCCUCGAGAUAUGUCGAGUAUGUACGACCUCAUAAUUGCAGACCCUCCAUUUUUGUCUGAAGAAUGUUUAACGAAGACCGCAGUAACCAUGAAAUUUUUAACAAAGAGAAAUCUCGUACUCUGCACAGGUGCUGUCAUGGAGGAUUUAGCUGAAAGACUUCUAGACCUAAAGAAAUGUAAAUUUGAACCACACCACAAAAACAAUUUAGCCAAUGAAUUUUAUUGUUAUUCCAAUUUUAAUUUUGAUAAACUGUUGCAAUGAUUGCGUUGAAGUAAUUGUAGUUAGAGUUUUGAGGAUGUGUUCAGGUGAGCAUCUCGGGCAAGUUUUAUGGCAUAUUUGGCUGUGCCAGGUGCUGUACAGAUGCCAUAACCACCGUGACCGUAGUUAUGGACGACCUGAAAUGAAAGAUUUUCAUUUAAUGUUGAAAAUAAUCGUUAGCCACAGGCCAUAAAAAGCUUUUUUACACUGAGAAAAAAAUAUCGUAGAAUCUACGGUACAUAUUUAUUGAAUAUAUGUUCUCUCGUAUGAAAAUAGAAUUCCAUUAUUUCAA